AUGAGACUGUUGCACAUUGCAAGCGACGGUGCUCUCCGAUGGACCAGGGACAUCAUACGUAGCGAGGGUAUUCCUCCCUACGCGAUCCUUUCCCAUACCUGGAAGGAUGGGGAAGAAGUAACUUUUGAAGAUCUAAAGAAUCUCGACAAUUCACAAGGCUUCAACACGAAAAGCAAGGAAGGAUACCAAAAGCUGCUUUUCUGCGGGCGUCAGGCCCAGAUGGAUGGAUUGGAAUAUUUUUGGGUCGACACCUGCUGCAUCGACAAAGCAAACAGUUCGGAGCUUCAUGAAGCCAUCAACUCCAUGUUUUGCUGGUACCAGAACGCCAGAAAGUGCUAUGUUUUCCUUUCGGACCUGGAAAUCAACUCUUUAGACGGGGACGGCGAGUCACUGUUUAGACAGAGCAGGUGGUUUAGACGAGGCUGGACACUCCAGGAACUCCUAGCUCCUUCUUCCGUGGAGUUCUUCUCCAAAAACGGAGCGCGUUUGGGGGACAAAGAGACGCUCAAGCAAAUUAUCCACGAGAUCACAGAGAUCCCCAUGAAUGCUUUGUUAGGGAGCGGCUUGUCCGACUUUAGCGUAGCUGAACGUUUCGCCUGGACAAAAAACCGCGAGACCACACGCGAAGAGGACAGAGCAUAUUGUCUAUUCGGGAUAUUCGGUAUCCACCUACCUCUCAUAUACGGUGAAGGCGAAGAAAAUGCACUCAAGCGGCUAAGACGUGCAGCUAUUCUAAAACAUAAAGGCCGCAGUCAUGAUCAAGAAAAGAGACUUGAAAAGAUCUACAACUGGAUUUUAACAUCUAAAAGCAAAAAGUUCGCAGACUGGAAGGAGAAGGCAGCUUUACGACUUUGGCUGUUUGGAAUUCCAGGAUGCGGAAAAAUAUUCUUGAGCUCUACUAUCCUCGAGCAUCUGGUACAGCACUGCUAUGAUGACAUUAGCAUGAUAACGGUGUACUUAUACUUUGACUUCAACGAUACACAGAAACAGAAUCCUGAGUUGAUGCUCCAUUCCUUGCUCCUGCAGCGUUUGGUCAUAAUACCAAAAGACAUUAACGCAAUGUUCACAUCUUGCGGAAAGGGACAACAACAGCCAUCACUGGAUGCCAUCUUGGAAGUGACGCCACGGAUUAUGCUACAGUUUGCGAAUAUCUACGUCGUUCUUGACGCCCUCGAUGAAUUAUUCUCUAAGCAGCAGCUCUCUGUCCAAGAGAUUGCCAAAGUCGUCGCUAUCGAUGUGGCGCACGACCUGUCGUUCGACCGCGACGAGGUGCUCGAAGACCCGCUAGAAGCACUGAGCAUUUGCUCCAGCCUGGUCACCAUCACAUCAAUCAGGGAAAGAUCAGAAGCAAGCCUGCCUGCGCAGCAGAUCCUCUCUCUAGCACACUAUUCAGUUCAAGAGUAUCUUGUGUCAGAUUAG